ACGCGAAGAGUGAGACCAAACAAAAAAAAAAUCUGAAACAGAGUUUAGAUCAGAGCUCAGAAGAAGUAAGUGCGAGAAGAGUAAGAAGAUUUGAUUUGGAGAAAAGAGUAUUUCUGAGUAACGAUGGAAGACGAUCAUGAUCUCGAUUUGGAAAAUGCCGACCGACUGGUUUGGUUGAUGAAGAGCCCUGUAGCUGUCACCAAGGCGUGGGAUAAGCAGGCUCAUUCUUCUUCUUCAUAUUAUUCGUCUUCUUCCUCGGAAUCGCCUAGUUUGUCGAAGAUUGUUCUCUCCGUUGAUUUUCAACAGCCCGACCCUUCUCCCGAGUUCAAGAUGGAGAUGUUUGGUGCUGAGUUUGGGAACAUGCCAAAGAGCUACUCUAUGAACAUGUUCAAAGACUUUGUUCCCAUGAAUGUAAUGUCUACAGUAAAUCAAGUUCAAGCAGCUGCCGAGGGAAUCGUAGAAAACAAGUUCGACAUGAAGCCACUCGGCGAAGACAUUGAAGAAUAUGCAAGGCUUUGUCGGGAGAGAACAAGCAAAUCCAUGGUUAAAAACCGGCAGAUACAGGUUAUUGAUAAUGAUCGCGGAGUACAUAUGAGGCCAAUGUUAGUUCCCUCCAAUUCAAAGGAAAAGAAGAAACCUGCCCCAGUUAAGCAAACCGAAGUGAAGAGGACGAGGAGAGAUCGUGGUGAGCUCGAAGCUAUAAUGUUCAAGCUAUUCGAAGGCCAACCCAACUGGACAUUGAAGCAGCUGGUUCAGGAAACAGACCAACCAGCGCAGUUUUUGAAAGAAAUACUAAACGAGCUAUGCGUUUACAAUAAGAGAGGAUCGAACCAAGGGACUUAUGAGCUUAAACCAGAAUACAAGAAAGCUGCUGAAGAAGAUACAGGUGGGCAGUAAAAUCAAUCCCAUGCGUAGCACUAUAUACAUGUGCCAUAGCAUAACUUGUAUUUGUAAACCCCGAGUCAGUGAUAGGGAAAAAAAAAAAGAGGAGAAGAAGAAUUUUAGCAGAGAAAAGAGGGGUUAUAUUUCAAU